UGAUAUGAUUGAUCUCCCUCAAAACUAAUACGUUUGAAUUUUGAAAAACAUUUAAACAAAAAUGUUUAUUCUUGGACUCCAUUACAUGUAAUCAAUGUCCUUGGGUUGUCUCUCCUCGAUCUCCUCGCCCAACUACCCAUCGCAUCAAAUCAUCAGUACGCUCUUCCUACUUACCAACAACCACACUCCUAAAAGUUGGGUGCUACAAUCAAACCAAUCUUAUCUUCUAAGCAAAACUAUCAACUUCCAGGGUCGUUCCGAUUGGAUCGACCUUCAGAUCUGCUCUGCUCAGGUGAAUGCAUCGACAGACUUGAUCGAGUUAACAGACAAAGAAGCAUGGCUUUCAUCAACAAAGCUGGUUGUGAAACCGGAUAUGCUGUUUGGGAAGCGUGGGAAGAGUGGCUUGGUUGCUUUGAACUUAGAUGUCGCUCAAGUUGCAGAUUUUGUCAAAUCUCGUCUUGGUGUUGAGGUUGAGAUGGGUGGAUGCAAAGCCCCAAUAACAACAUUUAUUGUGGAACCAUUUGUUCCACAUGAUCAAGAAUAUUACCUUUCUAUUGUCUCUGAAAGGCUGGGCAGCACUAUUAGCUUUUCAGAAUGUGGUGGUAUUGAUAUUGAAGAGAACUGGGAGAAGGUUAAGACUGCUUUCCUUCCAACCGAAAAACCUUUGACCCUAGACACUUGUGCUCCAUUAAUUGCUACACUUCCAUUGGAGGUUCGAGCAAAAAUUGGCAAUUUCAUAAUGGGUGUGUAUGCUGUAUUUCAAGAUCUAGAUUUCAGUUUCCUAGAGAUGAAUCCAUUUACGUUGGUAAAUGGAGAGCCAUUCCCUUUGGAUAUGAGGGGAGAGUUGGAUGAUACUGCAGCAUUUAAGAACUUCAAAAAGUGGGGUAACAUAGAGUUCCCUUUGCCAUUCGGAAGGGUCCUAAGCCCUACAGAGAGCUUCAUUCACACGCUUGAUGAAAAAACUAGUGCUUCAUUAAAGUUCACUGUGUUGAAUCCUAAAGGACGGAUAUGGACAAUGGUGGCUGGAGGUGGUGCAAGUGUAAUAUACGCAGAUACCGUUGGAGAUUUAGGUUAUGCAUCAGAACUUGGUAACUAUGCUGAGUACAGUGGAGCUCCUAACGAAGAAGAGGUGUUGCAAUAUGCUAGGGUUGUGAUUGAUUGUGCUACUGCAGAUCCUGAUGGUCGUAAAAGAGCCCUUCUGAUUGGAGGAGGCAUUGCUAACUUUACAGAUGUUGCUGCUACUUUCAAUGGAAUUAUCCGAGCCCUCAGAGAAAAGGAGUCCAAACUGAAAGCCGCAAGAAUGAACAUCUUUGUUCGAAGAGGUGGUCCUAAUUAUCAGACUGGUUUGGCAAAGAUGCGUGCAUUGGGAGAGGAACUCGGAAUUCCCCUUGAGGUUUAUGGACCCGAGGCUACAAUGACGGGCAUUUGCAAGGAAGCAAUUGAUUGCAUAAUGUCAUAAUACAUUAAAAUACCCCCAACCCCCAAGGACUGUGUUUUUCUACUCCUUGAUAACGUUACAACAACACUUCAUUCUUCUUCUUGUCAAAUUUUCUUGUAUUCUUACUAUCAGUGCGCGCUUGUCUUUCUUAUUUUAAUUCUAAUCAAUAAACAAAAUAUUAUAUACUGCUCAAACAAAUCCAACAACCACUGUUUCUCCUUCAACAUAUUUCGGAUC